AUAUAACAACAACUUAAAUGUCAAUAUGCAGUUAUUGGUCUUCAGUGGUUACUUUUUUCCAACCAUGCACUAGACAAACAUCAGUUUUCAUUAAAUAUUCGUACAAAUAAGUUAAAAAAAGUUGAAUCAAAGAAAAACUCAAAUUUGCAAUGUCUACAGAAAAUGAUAGUGAAUAUGGAGAAGAAUCAAUGCAUACAAAGCCAGCAGCAAAAGCUGGACAAGAUGAAGAGGAUGAAACUUUUGAUUUGGAUGACAUACUGCCUACAAUUGGAGAAUUUGGCAAAUAUCAGAAAUUAUUGGUUUUUGGCAUAUGUCUGCCUGCUUGCAUACCCUGUGGCUUUUGUGCCUUCAAUCAACUAUUUAUGGCCGAUACACCUGAGGAUUACUGGUGUAAAAUACCAGAAUUACUUAAUAUUUCAUUGGAACAAAGGAUAUUGGCUAUACCACCAGACAUGGAACAUGAUGCCGGUAUGUUUAGUAAAUGUUUACGUUAUGCCGUCAAUUGGAGUGAAAUACUUGAAAAUACUAAUAUCCACGAUAUAGAACCAAAUGCCACUUGGCCAGUGGAAAAAUGUAAUCAAGGCUGGGAGUAUAAUACCACCACGGUGUGGUCCUCUAUAGUAAUAGAUUAUGAUUUAGUAUGCGAUCGCGAUAUUUAUCCCACAAUAGGUUUGGCCGCCUUAAAUGUGGGCGGUCCCAUUGGUGUUUAUUUAUUCGGCUUGCUAAAUGAUCGUGCUGGAAGACGAACUUCAUAUUUUACCUGUUUGGCAACUUUAUUAAUCGGUAGCUUGAUAACAUCUUUGAGUCAAGAUUUUUGGACUUCUGGUAGCCGUGUAAUUGUGGGACUCACUAUACCAGCUGUAUAUCAAAUACCAUUUAUUAUAUCUCUUGAACUUGUUGGCGAAAGUUAUCGUUCAUUCGUAACUGUUAUGACUUGCACCUUCUACACUUCGGGCAUUAUGUUACUUUCCGUUGUGACCUAUUUAGAAAGAGAUUGGGUUAAACUUUCUUAUUACACCUCGGUGCCUUUCUAUAUAUAUUUUCUCUACCUAUUUGUAAUGCCAGAAUCACCAAGAUGGUUGCUAAUGCGAGGUCGUUUAGAGGAAGCUUUAAAGAUCCUAGAAAAUAUGGCCAGAGUAAAUGGAAAUCAAUUUCCAGAAGCCGUGAAAAUAAAAUUAGAGGCACAAAUAUCGCGUAAUAAGCUCAAGGAGAAGAAGAAAGCUGUUAAUGUAGGUCUGGCGGACUUGUGCAGAACUCCUAAUAUGCGUUUGAAAACCAUAUUAAUAACUUUAAGUUGGUUUGCCAAUGAAACGGUGUACUUGGGUCUAAGCUAUUAUGGUCCUUCGCUGGGCAGUAAUCAAUAUGAGUUUUUUUUAUCGGCAGUGGUGGAAAUACCUAGUUAUUUGGUGUGUUGGUAUUUAAUGGACUGUUGGGGUCGAAGAUGGCCUUUAAGUCUUUCCAUGAUAUUGGGAGGCGUGGCCUGCGUUAUAACCGUUAUGAUACCCGAUGAAGCGGUCGAUGAAACUUUAAUUUUAUAUUUGGUCUCCAAGGCUUUACUCUCCGCUUCAUUUUUGAUAAUUUAUCCCUUUGCUGGAGAAUUGUAUCCCACACAAGUACGUGGUAUUGGCAUUGGUGUAUCCAGUUAUGUGGGAGGUUUGGGUCUUAUAGUCAUUCCCUUUGUGACAUACUUGGGUAAAGAAAAUUUAAAAUUACCUUUAGUUAUAAUGGGCUUCGUUUCCAUGCUGGGCGGUAUUACAGGUCUCAGAUUACCUGAAACUCUACAUCAACGCUUGCCUCAAACUAUUGAAGAAGGUGAAGAGUUUGGAAAAGAUUUUACCUUAAAUGCCUGCCUUCAUUGUGGUACAGCUGAAGCUUCUGCCUCUCAACCCUCUUCAUAUGAAAAUCUAGAUGUUUUACAUUCAAAUACCGCCUCAGAUGUUGAACUCGAAAUGAAUGCCUCAUCGAGUGGCAGGCGCUCUAUGCGACAACGACCCAAAUCUAUAAUAGAUGAACGUACACCUUUAGAUAUCAGUCGUCCCAGUCGUCCCUCUAUGAAACGUUUGGUUCGACAAAUGAGUGUAAUGGAUACACAGAGAACAGAGGAUGGUACCAUGCAGUUAACCCAUUGGAUUUGAAGGAAGUAUUUUUUAUAUGUUUAUGCUAAAAAAGUCAUCAUGUUAGGAAAAUAUAAAGUCAGUAUUGUGUGUGUGUUAGUUGUAUGUAAAUUAGUCGUUAGGUUUUAACUAACUAAAUAAGCGAACAAUUGGUUUAAAAAUUUACUAUAUAUUAACAAUUAAUUAAUAAAGAUUCAAA